AUGGGAGGACUCACAUAUGGCACAUACGGGGCCGUCGCCGCCCUGACAGUCAUCGGCUUGUAUAUGCUGUUUCAGGGAGAAGGCGAAGCAUUCAACGUCGGAGCUUUCCUCGAAUCGAUAUCACCGUACGCAUGGGCGAGCACAGGCAUAGGUCUCUGUAUCAGUCUGUCGGUCGUGGGAGCAGCAUGGGGCAUCUUAAUCACAGGCACAUCCAUCCUCGGAGGAGGUGUAAAAGCACCACGAAUCCGAACCAAGAAUUUGAUCUCCAUCAUCUUCUGCGAAGUCGUGGCUAUCUACGGUGUCAUCAUGAGCAUCGUUUUCUCAUCAAAGGUCUCGGCACUGAGUGGAGAUGCUCUGCAUAGCGGCAACAACUACUUUGUGGGAUAUGCUCUGUUCUGGUCUGGAGUGCUCGUAGGCAUGUGCAACUUGGUUUGCGGCGUCAGUGUGGGCAUCAACGGAAGCAGUGCUGCUUUGGCAGAUGCUGCGGAUCCAGGCCUGUUCGUCAAGAUCUUGGUCAUUGAAAUCUUCUCCUCUGUGCUUGGGUUGUUUGGCUUGAUCAUCGGCCUGCUCCUGAGUGGUUCAGCUGGCGACUUCGAGAGUCUUUAG